AUGGCACCAGGAGUUGAGGCAUCGGCACCCUUUGACCUCCACAGCUCUGACUCUACCAAAACCAACGACACCAGCUACUUUCCAAACUCUCCGCAGAGCUUGGCCUCUUCAACCUCGUCACUCGCGGUGUCCGAUUUCAGCCUCCGUCCUCCGCAGCCCAGCCGGGCCACAACCACCUCCUCCACCACCUCCACCUCGUCACAGUCAAGGAUCACCCCCAUCGAUGCCCUGUCCCGCCAGUACCCAGCACCGAUACGCGAGGUCAGCGUCGAGGAGAUGCUUGCCCGACCGCCGCAGAAAUGGUCACUUGGCCACUACGUGAAAAACGCGCGCGAGGCAAGGACACCGGUCUUAGACAAGGAGCAACAAGGGAAAGACUUUGCAGAAGCCAAGAGGGAGCUUCUCGCGGCCAAGGAACAACUGAAGCAACUCGCGGCUGGAGGACGGUAG